GAGCGUUGCUAGGCGACGGAGCGCCCUCCAUCGCGGCCUUCCCCCGGCCUCGCCCAGCUUGCCAUCCCACCGGCCUCCAGUCCCCUCCCGGGCCCCGUGCCGCUGGCCAAGCCCCCGGGACGGUCGCCAUGAAGCCCCGUGCGGCGGCGGCCCUGCUGCCGCUGCUCCUGCUGCUCCACCCGGCCCGCCCCGACGACGACGACAAGAAGGAGGAUGUGGGCACCGUGGUGGGCAUCGAUCUGGGCACCACCUACUCCUGCGUGGGGGUGUUCAAGAACGGGCGCGUGGAGAUCAUCGCCAACGACCAGGGCAACCGCAUCACUCCCUCCUAUGUGGCCUUCACCCCCGAAGGGGAGCGGCUAAUAGGGGACGCGGCGAAGAACCAGCUCACUUCCAACCCCGAGAAUACGGUUUUCGAUGCCAAGAGGCUGAUCGGCCGAACGUGGAACGACCCCUCCGUGCAGCAGGAUAUCAAAUAUCUGCCCUUCAAGGUGAUUGAGAAGAAGACUAAACCGUAUAUUCAGGUUGAUAUUGGUGGUGGGCAAACAAAAACAUUUGCUCCUGAAGAAAUUUCUGCCAUGGUCCUGACUAAAAUGAAGGAAACGGCCGAGGCAUACUUGGGAAAGAAGGUUACUCAUGCUGUAGUGACUGUCCCUGCCUACUUCAAUGAUGCGCAGCGCCAAGCAACUAAAGAUGCUGGUACUAUUGCAGGAUUGAAUGUUAUGAGGAUUAUCAACGAACCGACGGCGGCUGCCAUUGCUUACGGACUAGACAAAAGGGAAGGUGAGAAGAACAUCCUUGUGUUUGAUUUGGGAGGUGGAACCUUCGACGUGUCUCUCCUCACCAUUGACAACGGAGUCUUUGAAGUGGUGGCCACCAAUGGAGAUACCCAUCUGGGUGGCGAAGACUUCGAUCAGCGGGUGAUGGAACACUUUAUCAAGCUGUAUAAGAAGAAAACUGGGAAAGAUGUUAGGAAAGACAACAGAGCCGUGCAGAAGUUGCGGCGUGAAGUUGAGAAGGCAAAGCGGGCCCUGUCCUCCCAGCAUCAGGCCAGAAUCGAAAUCGAAUCCUUCUUCGAGGGAGAAGACUUCUCUGAGACGCUGACCCGGGCCAAAUUCGAGGAGCUGAACAUGGAUCUCUUCCGUUCCACCAUGAAGCCUGUCCAGAAGGUACUGGAGGAUUCAGACCUGAAGAAAUCUGAGAUUCAUGAAAUUGUCCUAGUUGGUGGCUCUACUCGAAUCCCCAAGAUUCAACAGCUGGUGAAGGAGUUUUUCAAUGGCAAAGAACCGUCUCGUGGCAUUAACCCAGAUGAAGCCGUGGCCUACGGGGCCGCCGUCCAGGCUGGUGUAUUGUCUGGUGACCAAGAUACUGGUGAUCUGGUGCUGCUUGAUGUGUGUCCCCUGACCCUGGGUAUUGAAACCGUUGGAGGCGUCAUGACAAAACUGAUCCCGAGGAAUACCGUUGUGCCCACCAAGAAGUCUCAGAUCUUCUCCACGGCUUCCGACAACCAGCCGACCGUUACAAUCAAGGUCUACGAAGGCGAACGUCCACUGACAAAGGAUAACCACCUCUUGGGAACCUUCGACCUGACGGGAAUUCCUCCGGCUCCUCGGGGCGUCCCCCAGAUCGAAGUUACCUUCGAGAUAGAUGUGAACGGCAUUCUCCGUGUGACCGCUGAAGAUAAGGGGACGGGGAACAAGAACAAGAUCACCAUCACCAAUGACCAGAACCGUCUCACACCCGAAGAAAUCGAAAGGAUGGUGAACGACGCCGAAAAGUUUGCGGAAGAAGACAAAAAGCUCAAGGAACGUAUCGACACCAGAAACGAGCUGGAGAGUUACGCCUAUUCUCUGAAAAACCAGAUUGGGGAUAAAGAGAAGCUGGGGGGCAAACUGUCACCAGAAGAUAAAGAAAUAGUGGAGAAAGCCGUAGAGGAGAAAAUUGAGUGGCUUGAAAGUCACCAAGAUGCAGACAUCGAAGACUUCAAAGCCAAAAAGAAGGAACUGGAGGAGAUCGUGCAACCCAUUGUCAGCAAGCUGUACGGCAGCGCGGGCCCUCCCCCGGGUGCCGAAGAGGAGACGGCAGAGAAAGAUGAAUUGUAGACGCUCUGCAAGUGUUGUAAAUGUAAAUAUUGGACUCAGGAACUUUUUGUUAGGAGAAAAUUGAGAGAACUCAAAUCUCGAAUGUAAUUGGAAUCUUCACUGCAGAGUGGAGUUGAAAAUGUUAUAGCCGAAAGUGGCUGUUUACUGCUUUUCAUUAGCAGUUGUUCACACGUGUUUCGGGGGGGCGGGGGGAGUUUGGGGGGAAAUGACUAAAGCUGAGUUGGGAAAUGUGUUCACCUUGAAAAUCUUCUAUUUAACAACUGGGUUAUGUGCAUUUGGUGUAGAACCUUUUUUCUACCUGAAGUGACACAAUAAAUGUUUGUUAUUUACCCCCGG